CCUUUUUCCCGGGCUUAAUUACAAGCCUCGUCUCCAGAGUGACAUAGCCGUCCCAGGCUCAUUGGUACGCAGCAAUUUCAAGAUGGCUUCUAACUCAACAACAACCAAGAUGGAGUUUGCCGUACAGAUGACAUGUAAGAAUUGUGUAGAUGCAAUUCACAAUUCGCUUCAUGGUGCUGAAGGUAUCAAAUCAUUCACAGUGGAUCUGAACUCAGAGCAAGUGAUUUUAGAGACAACUCUGUCAACAGGACAAGUCCAGAAUCUAUUACAGAGCUCAGGACGCACAGCUAUCUUACGUGGAAUGGGUCCAGCAGGGAGUGAUCUGAAGCAUUUAGGGGCUGCUGUUGUGGAGAUGCGCAGUGGAAUUGUUAAGGGUGUCACCAGAUUUGUUCAGGUAUCUGAGGAUCUGUGUGUGAUUGAUGGCACAAUUGAUGGACUUUCUCCUGGACUUCAUGGGCUAAAUAUUCAUGAAUUAGGAGAUCUGUCUCUGGGAUGCACAAGUACUGGUGAUCAUUAUAAUCCCCAAAACUGUCAACAUGGAGCACCAGAGGACAAUGAGAGACAUGUGGGUGACCUUGGCAACAUUUCAGCCGACAAAAAUGGCAGAGCUUCUUUCAGAAUAGAAGACAAAAAUAUCAAGGUUUGGGAUGUAAUUGGCCGCUCACUUGUCGUGCAUCAGGGUGAAGACGAUCUUGGGCGUGGUAGUGAUGAACUCUCGAAGAUAACUGGAAAUUCCGGCCCUGGAUUAUCUUGUGGAAUCAUCGCCAGAUCAGCUGGACUUUUCCAGAACACCAAAAAAUACUGCGCAUGUGAUGGGAAAAUCCUUUGGGAAGACAAGCCAUUGUCUACACCAACAAGCAUGCCUUCUCAGCUGUAAAUUCUUGUGCGCGAACCAGCGGAUGUCUUGAAAUCAAGAAACCACCAAGAAUAUUUCAUCUGUUUGGGAGCUCCGUAAAAGCAGGACGCAGGCUAAGCAAUAAGAUUCGCUCCAGUCUGUUUAAGCGAAAUCACGAAAAACAGGAGUGGUUGAUUUUGUGCUUUGGGUUCAUUCAAAAGUUAUGAGUUGCAAUUUUCUACUGUUAUAAAAUCGCUCAGGGAAGAAUUUUAGUGGAAAGUUGUCUAAAUUUUUCAUUCCACGCUUAACACUUACUCUUUGGAUCUUCUCAUUUCGUGUGACUGAGGAGAAAAAAAAA